AUGUAAAUAGAGGAUGGAAACAAAGAAUUAUUAUAGUUACAAUAAAGAAGGAUAGAGUUAGAAUAUGAAAACUAACAACUGAAAACAUAACUAUUCCGUUUAGGACGUGACCUAGUGUUUAAUAUUCAUAAAGAAGAAGCGAAAGUAGAAAACUCUGAUGGUGGUUGUUGGAAGGACUAAAUUAAAUAUACAUUAACUCAUUCUUCAACUCAGGUUCUGGAAAGAUAAGCAGAAAUAAAAUUCUUAGACCAACCUAAAAGAUUAACUCUUUAGGUUCAAAGCAGUUGUCAAGAAAAAGAAAAUCACAAAGAAUUUUACCUCUUUUCUUAUUCUAUAUUGCAAAAUGAUGAAUUAGAAGAUAACCCAAAAAUUAUGGCUACAGAUUCAAAAAUUGAAAUUAUUUUUGACAAGAACUAGAAAAAUAAUUCUCAAUUGAUUUAAUUAAAAUAAUGA